AGAUAUGGAAACAAAGAUUAUAAUACCUGAGAGUCCUUGGCCCCAGGCCACAAGAUCAGAUUGUCAAACCUAAUAUGCUACUUUUGAGUGCUUUUACAAGUGUAGCAGCACUUAUCCUGCUUAAUUAAUUUGCUCUGCUUUCACAUGCCUAUAAAUCCCCAGACCACUCCCCUCUUACCAAGCACACUACUCAUCAGCUCUAGCAUAAUCCGAAACACAUACUUUUACAAACCCUAAAAAUUUCCUAGCUGGGUUUUUUUUUUCCUUGCUUUCCCAAGAAGAUGAAGGCAGGUAUGGAGCUCGGCGCUGCCGCUGUCGCUGUGAAAAGUGGGGUGAACAGAGGUGUGGCGAUACUAGACUUCAUUCUGAGGCUCGUCGCGAUUGUAGCCACCUUAGCUAGUGCAGUCGCCAUGGGAACGACUAACGAGACGCUUCCUUUCUUCACUCAGUUCAUUCGGUUCAGGGCUCAGUACGAGGACUUCCCAACGUUUACGUUUUUCGUGGUUGCGAAUUCGGUUGUGAGCGUUUAUCUGGUUCUCUCCCUAGCACUAUCCAUCUUCCACAUCUUGAGGAGUCAUGCACAUUUCUCAAGGAUUAUCUUGAUCUUUUUCGACACGGCAAUGCUGGGGCUUUUGACAUCGGCAGCUUCCGCGGCGGCUGCCAUCGUGUACCUAGCCCACAAGGGGAACACAAGGGCAAACUGGUUUGCAAUCUGCCAGCAGUUCAACUCCUUCUGCCAGCGAAUCUCAGGCUCCUUGAUCGGUUCCUUCGGAGGAAUCCUGAUUCUCAUCCUGUUGAUCCUGAUGUCUGCUGUUGCACUUUCUCGACGUUGAUUCGGUUUGCCGAUGGUCGAAUAUUUACCGAGUCUUCUGAGAUUUGAUGAAGCAUGUGUGAUAUGAGUAAAGGGUCGCGUUUUCUUGUGUAUUAAUUCAAUCACUGAGUGGUAUACCGAUUGUGAGUGUCAUGUUCGUGUUCUUAUGGUUCUUUUCUGUCAUUGGUUUGUGUAAUGGAUUUGCUUUCUUUCUUUCAGUUUAAUGAAUUCUAUCUACAAUCCAUUUCUCUUA